ACAACAGCAGCAGCAGCGGCAGAAGCAGAAGCAGCAGCAGCAGUCCCACCUGCAGUGCUUCUGCAACUGUCCUGCUCUGCUUUAUGAUUCUCCUUUAAUUUGAAAAAACAAACAAAAAAAAAGCUGAAUUGUUUUAGUUUUGAGUUUGCUACAGGCUGACUGAUCUAAACCGACCAAACCAACUUAAAUCAGUAUACUGGCUGACAUGCCGAUACGUCCGUGGGCAAGACACUUCACCUCAUGAAAAAUGGAGUGUAAAGCAUUAAGACUAGAAAGCACCAGCCAUGGACACAGAUGAAGACUUGUACGCAGCUUUCCUGGAUCUGUUCAAUGACACAAACACGUCUGACCCCAGCUACGUGGUCAAUGAAAACGUCAAGAUCUGUUCAAAACAGGCCGUCAACCAGUUUGGUGCAAGAAUCAUCCCGGUCUUCUACUACGUCAACUUCCUCCUGAGUUACCUUGGUAAUGGACUCGUCCUCCUCAUUAUCUACAAGUACGAGAAGCUGAGCACAGUGACCAAUAUCUUCCUGCUGAAUUUGGUCCUCUCCAACCUUCUGUUUGCCGGCAGCCUCCCCUUCUGGGCAGCGUACCACCAGAGAGAAUGGAUUUUUGGCAAAGCUCUGUGUAAGAUGGUCAGCAGCGCCUACUUCAUCGGUUUCUACAGCUCCAUCCUUUUCCUCACACUCCUGACCUUUGAUCGGUAUCUUGCGGUGGUGCACGCGAUUGCUGCUGCCAAGAGCAGGAAAAGAGCGUACGCCUUCAUUGCAUCGGUGACCGUGUGGUGUAUUAGCGUCGUGGCGAGUGUGAAGGAGCUGGUUCUUCAAAAUGUGUGGGACAGUCCUUUCAACAGGCUGGUGUGUGAGGAGACGGGAUACAGCGAGAGUGUGAUGAACACAUGGCGCCUGGUCAGCUAUUACCAACAAUUCCUGCUCUUCUUCCUCCUCCCUCUGUUCAUGGUGAUGUACUGCUACGUGAGCAUCACGGUGCGGAUACUGUCCACGCGGAUGAAGGAGAAGUGCCGGGCUAUCAAGCUCAUAUUUGUCAUCGUCUUCACCUUCUUCGUCUGCUGGACCCCCUACAACAUCGUCGUCCUCCUCCAAGCCGUACAGAUCUCCAGUCCCACAGAGGACGACGAUUCGUGUUCCGAGCACUUGACCUAUGCCCUGUACGUGACCCGCAACAUAGCCUACCUGUACUGCUGCAUCAGCCCCGUGUUCUAUACAUUUGUGGGUAAGAAGUUCCAGAGCCACUUCAAACGGCUGAUGGUGAAGAAGAUCCCGUGUCUGAAGAGACACAUGAGCGCGAGCAGCUACAGCACGAGGAGCACGUCACAGAGGACGCCACACUCGGCUUACGAGUACUAGACACACAGACGCUCUGGUUUCCACGACUUCAGAGGACAUAACAUUGACAUGCAUCAUUUCCAGGAGACUUACUCUAAUCUUGAUCAUAACUAGGACAAGUUUGAAUUCGCCAGAAUCGCCAAAAAACAGCCGUUCAACUCAAGAUGGCGGCCUUCCUGUAGGACUUACGGCGAAGUCCUCAUUGACUUUUUGGACCGUCCUGACAUGACUAACAUGUGUACCAACUUUUGUUCAUGUACGUGAAACGUGACAAAAAGUCACCUGGUGAAAGCUGAUUUUAAUUUCCGUAAGCCCCUCCCACCUCCAAUUUUCAACGCUUUUUCACCGAACGACUUACACACCUAAGUUUACACCAGGAUUGAUGCGGUCGCAAAAAUCCAUGAGUUGUGGGGUAUGUUGAGGUUUUCAAAAAAAGCGAUUUACUUCGAGGAAUAAUAAUAAUAAUAAUAAUAAUAAUACUAAGAAGAAUAACUCCUUCAGUUUCAAUUAUUACCAGUGAAAUGUGCCUAAUCUAAACCUAACCCUAACCUCACCAUAACCAUACAACAUGUCUUCACCUUAAAAUGUCAUACAGUACUUUAUGAGGAAUAGCUUUUUGUCCCCAUAAUGAGGAAAUGUCUCCUUAAUAUGACCUUGUGGACAGAUUUACGUCCCCACAACAUGAUGGACAGCCUCAACAAAAUGUGAGCCCUAACCUUCACCAUAACCAGUGAUCCAGUCCCCACAUCUUAGGUGUAUAUAUCUCUGUACACACAGGUGGUCUUAGUAAGUCAUCUGCCUAGUUUUAACACAGACAGACAGACAGACAGACAGACACUUACGCUUGAAUGAGCCACACCUGUAAACCAAUCAUUACUGCAGUGGACAGUCACAACAACACUUCUGUCUUUCUGUCACUUCUGUCUGUUUGUCUGCUGAUAGAAGAGUCAGACUCAUAACAUUGUUAUUAUUACGGUCAGGGCUAAUGUUUACCCUCAACCUUCUAUUCUUCUUUUUUUUCAAUUCAAUUUUAUUUGUAUAGUGCCAAAUCAUAACAUACAUUAACAUAUCUCAAGGCACUGAUAUAUAUAUAUAUAUAUAUAUAUAUAUACAGUACUGUGCAGAAGUCUUAGGCCACCAUUAGAUUUGUUGUUUUAGCAAUGCUAUAACAACAAUAGAGGAUAAUUAUUUCUAUUUCACUUUACUGGAACACAUCCAGAAAAUAUGUAUGCAGGUGUCAAUUAUUUACACUUACACUUGAACAAUUCAAUUCAAUUUCAAUGUCAUCCGGGCCUCAUUGAUAAAUAUAGCUGUGUGUCAUCUGCAUAACAAUGAAAAUGUAUGUUGUGCUUUCUAAAAAUGUUCCCUAGAGGAAGCAUAUAUAAGGUCAAAAGUAAACAUAUAUGUAUACUUAUCAGGGGUCGCGUUAACCGAAUAUUUUCCGUCAUUGACCGUUUUUUUAAAACGGUGACGGAAAAAUCUGAGAGCCAUCCGUCAUUUUGACAGAUUGCAAUUCACACCCCUAAAAACUAUGUUGAUAAAAGAGGUGAAAAAAGAGUGAUAGAUGCAGAUGAAGGACAAACUCAGCCCUUGGCCUCAGCAGAGCGAGGAAGCGGCAGUAAGGAGGUUAGGCGAGUUCAGUGGGAGCGGGAGUUCUCCUGGCUGAGGAGGGCGGAUAGAAAAAUGUUGUGCGACAAAAUAAAGAUUCCCAUCGGAGAAUCUGAGCAUAAUUUCUGACCUGGACACCGUACUCAAUGCAUCUCGCUGUCCUUGUAGUGCUGACAGCGUGUUAAAGAGCUAUGGAUAGGAGGCUUUGGAGCGCGUCUGUGACCGGUGCAGCUGAUCCACUGGUGCAGAAGGAGCGCAUGUUGCGGGAUUUCCUACCACGCGCAACUACGCGCAAGCAGGCACGCGAUUUAAGUCCAUGUGGACCAGGAGGAAGGUGUGAGACUGUGCGUUUAGGCCACAGGUGAACUGUUCAUAUUCCACUGCAAUAUGAACAAUGCAAUUGAAUAUGUCAUUAUUAUCAUUUAAAGUGACCGGUAAAAAUUGAUUAUGACGGGAUUUUUAUGACCCUGUCAGUCAAAAUGACGGACAACGAAAAAGUCUAGCGCAACCUCUGAUACUUCUAUAUAUAUAUUUGUGAUAUAUAUAUCCUGGUGUAUAUCUAUUCUGUCCACUGCAUGUGCGUGACUCUACACUGAGUAACAGCUAGCUAAACAAUUGGUGUGGCGUUGAAAAGAUGAAGAUGACUCAGACGUAGACGUUCUUUAAACAGAGCUACAUGCUACACACAAGAAAAUAGAAUUUUUAUCAUCAGCCAAAAUGUAUGAAAUAAGCAAUUAAUAUGCACAAAUUAUGAACUGUACGUAACAAAACUCACAAACAAAGCUUCUCCAGGGCUCAACGGCAGUGGAUUAAACCAUGGAUGUAUUAUAAGAACUGGAUAGAACUCCGCCCCCCUGGUUGCGUUCAUUCCUAUGGAGUUGCUCAUAUAUGCCAAAAAAGUUUCUGACUUCCGCGUUUAUUUAUUUAUAUGUUUCUGGGCUUGUUAUGGCCUUUAGGAAGGUUUUUCAAAUAUGAAACUCUAUGAAUUAAAAAUAUAGAAUAUAAAGAUCUAUACAUGCCUAUGUCCAUGUCUGGAGGUGUCCUGUGAACACUUUUAUAGGCGUCUCUUUUACUAUUGUGGUCAAUGGGAAAAUUGCUUUCUGGGCCUGGGAGUAUUUUUUGUUGCAGUUCACAGAAGUGGCCACCAUGACAACAUUGUCUUCAAGGCAGAGGGGGCGGAGCUCUAUCCAGUUCUUAUAAUACAUCCAUGGAUUAAACAGAUUCAAAGAGGGAUGCUGCUUUGGAGCACAUUUCCAUUCACCAUAGCAUCCAAGAUGGCUGAUCUGACCUAUGACCUUGCUCACAUGACUUUAACAACCAAGGGGUUUUCAAAAUAAAAGAGCACCUUUCAAAAUAAACUAGGAGUCACUGCUGUGUCACAUCACAAUAUCACAAUCUUCAAUCCACAAUUGUUUUAUAUUGUGUUUUAUUAAAUUUGGUCACAUGAUGAAGACUUCUACCAACUGAGCUAAAGAGAUUCUGUGGUUAUAUACUGUUUGCAAAUAUAGAACUAUUGAGAUAUAUGAUGGCAUUUCCACUUGUUCUGUUUUAUCUGCUCCAUUUGUUUCAUAUAUCUCCAUUAAUUUUUUAACUUUUUUUCUUCUUUCCUAUGAAGCACUUUGAGUCACAUUGCUUUGCAGAAAAAAAUACUAUGUAAAUAGUCAGUUUGGUUGAUUGAUUGAUUGAUUGAUUGUAUAUAAACAAUACAAGUACAAUACAUCAACACAACCCGUGACUACCGAUAUUUGUAAGUGACGUCACAGAAAAACAAGCCCAACGUCGCUUAUAGUAAGUGGACUUUGCAACUAUGGUAAGGAACCACACCAUGAUUUUGAAAAUCCCUGAGUUCCGACUAUAAAUGGAACAUAAAAUAGAGACAACAUUUUAAAAAGGUCCAUGUUUAUGUUGCUUGAUGAUUUCAUUGAUGACUUUCAGUAUAUGUACAUGUAAUAAAUAAGUGCUCCAAACUGAAAUGUGCUAGCAUUGCAAAUAAAAAGGAAAAUAUGUC